CCCCGCCUCCGCCUGGCCCCGCCCCUCCAGCCGCGUCCGGUCCGGCCCGGCCCGAACAGCAGAGCUACAGUGUGCUUUGAGUAGAAGCUGCACUGUGGCCCGGGACUCGGAGGCGCGCUGCGCGAGCCGGCCGCAAAACCAUGGCGGGCGGGGAAGACCGCGGGGACGGAGAGCCGGUAUCAGUGGUGACCGUGAGGGUGCAGUACCUGGAAGACACCGACCCCUUCGCAUGUGCCAACUUCCCGGAGCCGCGCCGGGCCCCCACCUGCAGCCUGGACGGGGCGCUGCCCUUGGGCGCGCAGAUACCCGCGGUGCACCGCCUGCUGGGAGCGCCGCUCAAGUUGGAGGAUUGUGCUCUGCAAGUAUCUCCCUCUGGAUACUACCUGGACCCCGAACUGUCCCUGGAAGAGCAGCGGGAGAUGCUGGAGGGCUUCUAUGAAGAGAUCAGCAAAGGGCGGAAGCCCACGCUGAUCCUUCGGACCCAGCUCUCUGUGAGGGUCAACGCUAUCUUGGAAAAGCUGUAUAGCUCCAGUGGUCCUGAGCUCCGCCGCUCCCUCUUCUCACUGAAGCAGAUCUUCCAGGAGGACAAAGACCUGGUGCCUGAAUUCGUGCAUUCAGAGGGGCUGAGCUGCCUGAUCCGUGUGGGUGCUGCUGCCGACCACAACUACCAGAGUUACAUCCUUAGAGCGCUUGGCCAGCUGAUGCUCUUUGUGGAUGGAAUGCUGGGGGUGGUGGCCCACAGUGAGACUAUUCAGUGGCUGUACACAUUGUGUGCCAGCCUGUCCCGCUUGGUGGUGAAGACAGCCCUGAAGCUGCUGUUGGUGUUUGUAGAAUACUCUGAAAACAACGCACCGCUGUUCAUCCGUGCAGUGAACUCUGUGGCCAGCACCACCGGUGCUCUUCCCUGGGCCAAUCUGGUGUCCAUCCUGGAGGAGAAGAAUGGCGCUGACCCUGAGUUGUUGGUGUACACGGUCACCCUCAUCAACAAGACGCUGGCGGCGCUCCCGGACCAGGACUCCUUCUACGAUGUGACGGAUGCACUGGAGCAGCAGGGCAUGGAAGCGCUGGUCCAGCGCCACCUGGGCACUGCGGGCACUGACGUUGACCUGCGCACGCAGCUUGUGCUCUACGAGAAUGCCCUGAAAUUGGAGGAUGGAGACAUCGAAGAAGCCCCAGGAGCUGGUGGGCGGCGGGAACGACGAAAGCCUUCCGAGGAGGGCAAGAGGAGCCGCCGUUCUCUGGAAGGCGGGGGCUGCCCCGCGCGUGCCCCGGAACCUGGCCCCACAGGCCCCGCCUCACCGGUAGGCCCCACCUCUUCCACCGGCCCCGCCCUGUUGACAGGCCCCGCCUCCAGCCCUGUGGGUCCUUCCUUCGGUCUCCAAGCUUCAGUGAACCUUUUUCCUACCAUCUCUGUGGCACCCUCAGCUGACACCUCCAGCGAGAGGAGCAUCUACAAAGCCCGGUUCCUGGAGAAUGUGGCGGCAGCAGAAACAGAGAAGCAGGUUGCGCUGGCCCAGGGCCGGGCAGAGACACUUGCCGGGGCCAUGCCCAAUGAGGCGGCUGGACACCCAGAUGCUCGGCAACUCUGGGACUCCCCAGAGACAGCCCCUGCACCCAGAACACCCCAGAGCCCUUCCCCCUGUGUCCUGCUCCGGGCCCAGCGAAGCCUUGAGCCAGAGCCCAAGGAGCCACUGAUACCAGCAAGCCCCAAGGCUGAGCCCAUCUGGGAGCUCCCUACCCGUGCACCCAAGCUCUCUAUUGGGGACCUGGACUUUUCAGAUCUAGGGGAGGAUGAAGACCAGGACAUGCUGAAUGUAGAGUCUGUGGAGGCUGGGAAAGAGGUCCCAGCUCCCUCACCCCCACUGCCCCUGCUCUCGGGAGUCCCCCCACCUCCCCCACUUCCACCUCCCCCACCCAUCAAAGGCCCCUUCCCACCACCUCCACCUCUACCUCUGGCUGCCCCUCUUCCCCAUUCAGUGCCUGACAGCUUAGCCCUCCCCACCAAGAGGAAGACGGUAAAACUUUUCUGGCGUGAGCUAAAGCUGGCUGGGGGCCAUGGAGUCUCUGCAAGCCGCUUUGGGCCCUGCGCCACCCUCUGGGCUUCACUGGAGCCUGUCUCAGUGGACACGGCCCGGCUGGAACACCUCUUUGAGUCUCGUGCCAAAGAGGUGCUGCCCUCCAAGAAAGCUGGAGAGGGCCGCCGGACAAUGACCACAGUGCUGGACCCCAAGCGCAGCAACGCCAUCAACAUCGGCCUAACCACACUGCCACCUGUGCAUGUCAUUAAGGCUGCCCUGCUCAACUUUGAUGAGUUUGCUGUCAGCAAGGAUGGCAUUGAGAAGCUACUGACCAUGAUGCCCACGGAGGAAGAGCAGCAGAAGAUUGAGGAAGCCCAGCUGGCCAACCCUGACAUACCCUUGGGCCCAGCCGAGAACUUCCUGAUGAUUCUUGCCUCCAUUGGCGGCCUCGCUGCUCGUCUACAACUCUGGGCCUUCAAGCUGGACUAUGACAGCAUGGAACGGGAAAUUGCUGAGCCACUGUUUGACCUGAAAGUGGGUAUGGAACAGCUGGUACAGAAUGCCACCUUCCGCUGCAUCCUGGCUACCCUCCUAGCUGUGGGCAACUUCCUCAAUAGCUCCCAGAGCAGCGGCUUUGAGCUGAGCUACCUGGAGAAGGUGUCAGAGGUGAAGGACACAGUGCGUCGACAGUCACUGCUACACCAUCUCUGCUCCCUAGUGCUCCAGACCCGGCCUGAGUCCUCCGACCUCUAUUCAGAAAUCCCUGCCCUGACCCGCUGUGCCAAGGUAGACUUUGAACAACUGACUGAGAACCUGGGGCAGCUGGAGCGCCGGAGCCGGGUAGCCGAGGAGAGCCUGCGGAGCUUGGCCAAGCAUGAGCUGGCCCCAGCCCUGCGUGCCCGCCUCACCCACUUCCUGGCCCAGUGUGCCCGCCGUGUUGCCAUGCUGAGGAUAGUGCACCGCCGUGUCUGCAAUAGGUUCCAUGCCUUCCUGCUCUACCUGGGCUACACCCCGCAGGCGGCCCGUGAAGUGCGCAUCACGCAGUUCUGCCACACGCUGCGGGAAUUUGCGCUUGAGUAUCGGACUUGCCGGGAACGAGUGCUACAGCAGCAGCAGAAGCGGGCCACAUACCGUGAGCGCAACAAGACCCGGGGACGCAUGAUCACCGAGACAGAGAAGUUCUCAGGUGUGGCUGGGGAAGCCCCCAGCAACCCCUCUGUCCCAGUAGCAGUGAGCAGCGGGCCAGGCCGGGGAGAUGCUGACAGUCAUGCUAGUAUGAAGAGUCUGCUGACCAGCAGGCCUGAGGACAGCACACACAAUCGCCGCAGCAGAGGCAUGGUCCAGAGCAGCUCCCCAAUCAUGCCCACAGUGGGGCCCUCCACUGCAUCCCCAGAAGAACCCCCAGGCUCCAGUUUACCCAGUGAUACAUCAGAUGAGAUCAUGGACCUUCUGGUGCAGUCAGUGACCAAGAGCAGUCCUCGUGCCUUAGCUACUAGGGAACGCAAGCGUUCCCGUGGCAACCGCAAGUCUUUGAGAAGGACGUUGAAGAGUGGGCUCGGAGAUGACCUGGUGCAGGCACUGGGACUGAGCAAGGGUCCUGGCCUGGAGGUGUGAAGGUGCUGUAUCCCGGAAAUCUAUCUGGACCCUGGACUGCAGUGCAGGAGAUGACAGAGUGAGGAGGGCCCAGAGCAGAAUUCUGGCCCCAGAACUCUGUGCCCAGGAGCCAUGCCUUGAGCAGUAUUAGCUGUGUGUGUGUGCAUGUGAGUGUGUAUGUGUGUGUGCGUGCAUAUGCAUGUGCAUGUGUGUGAGCUCCUUGAACUCACGGAGCAAAAUAAAAUUUUCUUAGCUAAUCCAA